AAUCCAAAAACGACGUCGUUUAAGCUUAAGAACAAGAACAUGAAAAAAAGAAAAUAGAAAAUCCGAAUUCUCUUGUUCUUUGUUGAAUCAAUCUUCAAUCUCAAAUCCCAAUCCACACAUCUCCUUAGGGUUUCAACUUUCUCACACUUCAAUUUCUCUCUUCAACGAUGCAACACAAUUCCUUCACAAUUUCACUGUAAAGCUGUUUUUCUCUCAUCGGAACUCAACCUCAUCGGUUUUAACUACAAUUUCAUCUUAAAGGAUGUUGCAGUUUCAGCCACAAGGAACUUCUAAACAAACUUGUACUCUUCUCGCUGUUACCUCUGAAACACGUUCUGUUGAACAGAAGCAGUUACAGAAUCAGCAGAAGUAUCCUUUCCCUGAGCUGGUUUCUUCGGGGCGUCUCGAGGUUCAAACUCUUUGCAAUCCGGAAAAGGAACAGUUUCGUAAAGUUCUUGAAUCGUGUAAACCAAAUUUUGUUUACUUUCAAGGGGAGCAGUUACUGGAUGAGGAAGUUGGUUCACUGGUUUGGCAAGGUGGAGAAUUCUCCAACCCUGAAGAGAUAUCAGAGCUCUUCGAUACCACAUUACCGACGGCUGUUUAUUUAGAAAUCCCAAAUGGAGAAAGUUUUGCAGAGGCCCUUCAUCUUAAGGGAAUCCCAUAUGUUGUAUUUUGGAAAAAUGCCUUUUCUCAAUAUGCUGCCUGCCAUUUCCGUCAAGCAUUAUUUUCAGUGGUGCAGAGUUCAUCUACACACACAUGGGAUGCUUUCCACCUUGCACGUGCCUCUUUUGAACUUUACUGUGUUCAAAAUAAUCAAGUACUUCCUACUGAUAGCAAUGAUGCUGAUAGCGAUAUGGGGCCACACCUUCUUGGCGAGUGUCUAAAAAUCAAUGUUGACCCUCCAGAGAUGGAUGAAGAAGAUGAUGAUGAAGAAAGUUCCUCAGGCAGUCUUCCUUCUAUUCAGAUACAUGAUGAUGAAGUGAACUUGAGAUUUCUCAUCUGUGGUGCUCCUUCCACUGUUGAUGAGUCAUUGCUGAGAUCUUUGGAGGAUGGACUCAGAGCUCUCUUAACUAUUGAAAUGCGUAGUUGCAAGCUCCAUGGCAAGUAUAGUGCCCCUCCACCACCACUUCAGGCAGCUUCUUUUUCUCGCGGAGUUGUGACCAUGCGAUGUGAUAUAUCAACCUGCAGUUCUGCACAUAUCUCACUUCUAGUAUCUGGCAGUCCACAAGCCUGUUUUAAUGAUCAGCUUUUGGAGAAUCAUAUAAAAAAUGAGAUAAUUGAGAAGAGUCAAAUAGUUCAUGCACGACUCAACGGUGAAGCAAACACACAGAUUAUCUCUGAACCUCGCAGAUCUGCUUCAAUAGCUUGUGGAGCAACUAUAUUUGAAGUUAGCAUGAAGCUUCCUCAAUGGGCUUUGCAGAUUUUGCGACAGCUAGCACCUGAUGUUUCUUAUCGAAGUUUAGUUGCACUUGGCAUUGCUAGUAUUCAAGGGUUGCCUGUAGCCUCUUUUGAGAAAGAUGAUGCGGAGCGCUUACUUUUCUUCUAUCAAAGCUCUGCGAAAGAUGGAUGUGAUAACGGCAAUAUAGUUUUCAGCAGGCCCCCCGUUUGGUUGAAGCCUCCCCCUCCUACAAGAAAGAGGUGUGAAUCAAGCCAAGGGGCUAGCCCUGACAUCCACAAUGAUGAAGAGGAAAAGGAUAGGAAAAUGGUGAAUGGGAUUAGCACACCAUUAACUCCAGCUAGGCAGAGAUUAAAAGUAUCAGCAAUGAGGCCAAUUCCUCAUGUUCGACGCCAUAGAAUGACACCUUUUAGUGGACCUUCUGGCGUAAAUGGCUUUGGUGGUCCCCAUGUUGAGGCUUAUGUGCCACUUGUCCCUGUGAAGCGCAGUAGUAUUGGAUCAUCAUCUGCAACACAGAGAAAAUCUUUUUCAAGCUCAUCUCAACCUAAGCAGGUUAUUUCAUUGAAUCCAUUACCGUUGAAGAAACAUGGCUGUAGCAGAGGCUCGGUACAGACUUGCUCUGAGGAGGAAUUUAUUAAAGAUGUCAUGGAGUUUCUGAUUCUCCGGGGGCAUAGCCGACUGAUUCCCCAAGGUGGGCUUGCCGAGUUCCCUGAUGCCAUUCUAAAUGGAAAACGCCUUGAUCUCUACAACUUAUAUAAAGAGGUGGUUACAAGGGGAGGAUUUCACGUUGGCAAUGGCAUCAACUGGAAGGGACAAAUCUUUUCAAAAAUGGGAAAUUACACAUCAACAAAUAGAAUGACUGGAGUUGGAAAUACACUCAAGAGACAUUAUGAAACCUACCUUUUAGAAUAUGAACUAGCUCAUGAUGAUGUGGAUGGAGAAUGCUGCUUGCUGUGUCACAGUAGUGCUGCUGGGGAUUGGGUGAAUUGUGGCAUAUGUGGUGAGUGGGCCCACUUCGGCUGUGACAGAAGGCAGGGUCUUGGCGCAUUUAAGGAUUAUGCAAAAACAGAUGGGCUGGAAUAUAUAUGUCCUCAUUGUAGUGUUACGAAUUUCAAGAAAAAACAAAGUGUUGCAAAUGGGUAUUCUCAAAGGUCAAUGUCGUCACGACUCCUUUGAUGUAGUUUCAUCCGCCCACUUCUGGAAUAGGGGACAACUAGUUUGUCCCUUUGUUGAUUUGUCUGUAAUCACUAUCUCUUAGAUAGAUUAGCGAAAUAUAGGAUUAAAAAAAAUGAGAAUUAGGUUUAAUCGACACAAAUGUCAGUAUGUCAAUAGGAGUAAGGCUUUCCUCAACACCCUCUACCUUUGUUCUUGAUUUAGGGGAACAAAAUUUACUAAUUUAGAUUAUGGAACUUCUUACCAGUUUGAACUAUGAUUAAGCUCUCCAUUAUGAGCAGUAAUUUGAAGUAUACUUUAUUCUCAUUGUCCUACUGUACUGAAGGGAUAAUGUAUAGUCUUAGGCAUUGAGCAUGUUUAUAUGGUUGAAUUUAAUAGAUCAUUUUUUAAGUCUUUC